GAGCUCUCACACACCCUCCACUCAAACAACAUUUCCCCACCUCUCUUUUUCUCUAUCGUCCACUUUUGUGUGCUGAAAAGAGGGCAGAGACAAAUGUUACAGACAAAUCAGGGGAGGACAUUUAGUUCCACAGAAUAGGUCUUUUCUUUCAGCUCGAGCUCUCUGGAUACACGUUUUUAUCUGGGCAAACAGAAGAGCUGUGUGGCCACAGGAAUUCCAGGUCACAAGGAUUCCUUCGGCAAGGAUGACUUCACCUGUGACAGAUUCAUUUCCUCUCCAGGAAUGAGACCUGUUGCAUUGACUUUGAGGGGAUCUGAAGACGCUAACAGGAACUUUUGCCUUUUUGGACUUCUUUUUGGACAUUAUGGGGUUGUUGUCAAUGGAUCAGAGUUCCCUUCUGGCGGUGGUCGCUCUUUUUGGGAUGCACCACUUUGCUGAAGGGGGAUGCUCAGGAAGGUGCUGUCAAGGCACAGAUUUCACCUGUUUUACUACAGACUGGAGGAUGGACCGUGUCUAUGGGAUGUGCUAUUGUGAUGAGAGGUGUGUAAAGACUAAAGACUGUUGCUUUGACUACCCAACUGAGUGCCCAGCUCAGCCGUGUGUAGUGAGCGAGUGGAGUCACUGGAGCGGGUGCGCACAGCCCUGCCAGCCCUCAUUCCGGGUCCGGAGACGCAGCGUUGAGAGACUGCCCCAAAACAGCGGACAGGCCUGUCCAAGGCUGGAGGAACAGGCCGGAUGCAUGGAGUAUCAGGAUCGCCAGGGCCAGUUUUGCUUUCAGACGCAAGGAGCAGCAUUUAUUACCACAAUGGAGUACAGCAAAGGCAGAACACAUGAUUUGUAUGGGGCCCAAAUGGAUGCUGGUUUCUGUAUGGAGUUCAAGAUGGAGUCUCUGACGCCGCAUUGCACGGUGGAGAACAGACCCAAUACACGCUGGAUGCAGUAUUUGAGGGAGGGCUACACUGUUUGCGUGGCUUGCCAGCCUCCAGCCAUGAGUAACCACAGUCGGGGAUGUCAAGGAGACGGUCACCUAGCUGAGAGGGAUGAGCUUUUACACUGGCAGGCUGUGGGAAGUCCUCGCUGCAGAGGAACAUGGAGGAAAGUACAGAAACUACAGCACUGCUCAUGCCCUCAAGUGCACAGCUUCAUUUUCAUUUAAAGAGUCUAUACGUAAGAACGCUUCUUCAAAGUCCUUGUUGAAAUCCACAAAUAAGCAAUAUGUUCUAUUACACAUAGAAAUAGGGAAAAAAAACAUCACACAUUUACAAACAUUAAAAGCUCUUUAGUUUUUUUUUGUACAAUAUUGUUGCAAACUUUUUUUUUUUUUUUUUUUCUGUAAAAAUAAGUCCAGGAACAGGAUCUCACUAGCAACCUCUACUGAGCAAACGUUGGCCUUGCAGUAUAAGCAAACAGCAAAAGAACAAAACGAAACACUUGAAUGUUACCACACUAUUCAUCAUGAACACUGUUCUGCAAAAUAGCAUUUUUGAACUUUUAAUUAAU